AUGCUUCCCACAGCGCAGUACCCGUUCACUUGCAUUCGCUACCUUGGCGGGAUUAUCGUCGCAUCCGCCGGGCCAAAUCUUUACACCUUUUCUGCCACCGACGGUCACAAAAUCUCGACAUGGCCUGAGGACAAGUCCAGCACCUCUAAAGAGCCUGAGACGAAUGAAGAUUCUGUUGAGCGCAGUGAGGGGCCGCCAGAGAAGAGAAGGAAGAUUUCUCCCACCAGUGCCGAAAACAAGCCUACCAAUGCGUGGCAGUCCGUUCCCAUUCUAGUCGUCUCUCCGUCCGGUCGUCAUGUAGUUGCAGUAACUGCAGAGGACAAACAUGUGCGAGUCUUUGAGAUAAGUACGGGAGGAGUGUUGACGGAAUCAAGUGACAGACCCGUACCUCGAAAACCCUGUGCAGUGGCAUUCUCAUCCGACGGCGACACACUGAUAUGCGCCGACAAAGGUGGUGAUGUCUUCAGCAUGCCUCUAUUACCCGGCGAAAGCGGGGAAUUUGAACUGGUCGCCCGGACUAGAAAGGUCACCAAACCUGCAGCUAAUCCUCUCGUCGUGCAUACCAAGAGAAACUUGGAUGCUCUUCGCCAGCAGCUUACCCAAAAGACCCCUGAAAUCACUCCGGCAGCUCCCACAGCGAAAAGGGAUGUGCUUUCGGGACAGGUCUCUACGCUUACUGAUAUGGCCUAUGCAAUCGUACCAUCGGGUACAUCGGCUAGUGGCUCGCACACCUAUAUAUUGACAGCAGACCGCGAUGAGCAGAUUCGUGUGUCUCGUGGGCCGCCUCAAACACACGUUAUUGAGGCUUAUUGUCUGGGCCAUGAAUCUUUUAUUAGCACUCUCUGCAUACCACCCACGUUGCCGCACCUUUUAGUCACUGGCGGUGGUGAUGACUCUAUCUUUGUUUGGGAUUGGAGGAAUGGCCAAAUUCUGCACAAAGUAUCAAUUCUUCCAGAAGGAAAGGAUCAGAUCGUCGUAAGGGGCAUUUGGGCCGUGGAGAUUACUGGAAGUUCGUUGGUUGCUAUUUUCGUGGCUAUCGACGGGUCGCACGAACUUUUAAGCUUUGUAUUAGAGGCGAAGGGUUUAAUAGCUCCUCAGGAUUCAAUCAUAACAUCAGGAAACAUCCUCGACGUGGCUUCUAUAGACGAAAACGACAGUAUUCUCGUUUCCGUCGAUAGUUGCCAUGAGCCUGGUUCCAUCAAGGACUGGAGGAACAACUCCGAUGAAGCUUCGGUGCUUGUCGAAGAAUACAUAGUUCGCCUGAAAGAAGGGAAGUUGGUGCUUGACCGUGCAGCAAGUCAGGUAGUCAAUUACAUCAAUAAGCAGGGCACAGCAAGCAUUCUUGCUGGUAUGGACGAAUCCUCAUGGCCCAAGAGCCAGAAGGCAUUCAGUGAGAGAUUGUACAGCUUGCACAAUCUUCGCAAAAGUGUUUCGCAAGGUACCUUUCUAGUCGCAAAAAUGCAGGAACAAUUUGAGCCGUUGAAGAAUGACCUCCUGUUGAGGGCCGCCAAAGGCGAAACUGUCGAGCGGCCGCCGAUAUGGGUAAUGCGACAAGCCGGCCGAUAUCUCCCAGAAUAUCACGAAGCCAAAGGAAACCGCGACUUCUUCGACUGCUGUCGAUCGCCCGAGAUCGCCUCUACCCUCACCCUCCAACCCAUCGAGCGCUAUGCCGGACUCAUCGAUGCAGCCAUCAUCUUCUCGGAUAUCCUCGUCAUCCCGCAAGCAAUGGGUAUGGUCGUUGAGAUGAUUGAUAAAAAGGGCCCUUCUUUCCCCGAACCUCUCGUCUCUCCGGAUGACGGGCAAUACGAGAGAGUGCUCAAGAAGGAUGUUGAUGUUAAGAAGGAACUGGACUAUGUCUACAAAGCCAUUACAUUGACCCGAUUCAAGCUCAAGGGCCGCGUGCCCCUGAUCGGAUUCUGUGGUGCACCCUGGACUCUUCUUUGUUAUAUGGUUGAGGGCGGCGGCACAAAGUUGUUUAUUCAGUCCAAGAAGUGGAUCUACAAAUACCCCAACGAGAGCAAGGCGAUGUUACAGAAGAUUGCAGAGCUGUGCGUUGAGUAUCUUGCGCUACAGGUUGCUGCUGGUGCGCAAUUGGUGCAAGUGUUUGAUUCUUGGGCUGGCGAAUUGUCGCCUGCCACAUUCAAGGAUUUCGCCUUGCCCUACCUUCGCUAUAUUUCGGAGCAUCUACCGAAGCGUCUGCAGGAGCUUGGACUGGAGCGAGUUCCUAUGACUGUCUUUGCAAAGGGUGCUUGGUAUGCGCUUGACGACCUGUGUGAGAGUGGAUACAAUGUCGUCGGAUUGGACUGGUUGCAUGACCCCGCUGAAGCGUACAGCAUCGCGCGCGGCCGUGUGACGUUGCAGGGUAACGCUGACCCGGGUAUUCUGUAUGGUGAUCGUAGCGCUAUUACCAAGACUGUUGAGAAUAUGGUCAAGGGCUUUGGAGGAGGGAAGACGGGAUGGAUUGCUAAUCUUGGUCAUGGAAUUACUCCAUUUGUCAACCCGGAUGAUCUGAAGUUUUUCUUUGAAGAGAUUCACAGACAAUUUCGUUGA